AUGCCCCAGCUGCGCGCACGUCCAAUCCGGACUGGAGACCCACCCCCCCGGAAGUACGCUUGGGCGAACGUGAAGACGAGGGUGAAGCGCGCGGAACUUCCAGGGUCUUCGAUCGAGGAUGGGCUCAACCCCGAGUUCCCUCGCAACGGCUCGGCGUUCUUCAGUGGUACCGCUGCCUCAGGCAGCGGAGACUGGAAGUGGCUACUGACAGAAGGUGGACAUCACACGACCUUCGGAGGCAAGCAAGGCUUCACCCGAUGGCCGUCCACGCCCUUGUACGAUGGCAGCGGCGCGCUUGCCAGCGUCGUCCACCAGGAGCGCGGCUGGGCCUACGUCCUCUUCCUCCGUGCCGGCCACCUCGUCCCUCAAGGUGCGCCCACCGCGGUGUUCCUCGUAACCCCAUCGUUCGUUUCUCCUCCCUGUGUCGAGCUGCCUUCGGCCGCGGGGUGGCGUUGA